AUGUAUUCAACUCCCCCACAAGUAAGGGCGCAUCCUCAUCAAAUAAACCAACCACACGGCGAAAAUCCACAACACGCUACUCUGAUGGGAAAUGCAUUGAAUGAUGAACAGAUAUACCAAUGGAUAAACGAACUCGUGACAGGAAACAAUCGAGAAAAAGCAUUACUAGAAUUGGGCAAAAAAAGAGAACAAUAUGAUGAUUUGGCUUUAGUCCUUUGGAACUCUUUUGGUGUGAUUACCGUCUUGUUAGAAGAGAUUCUUAGUGUAUACCCAUUUUUGGACCCCCCCAAUUUGAGUGCGUCAACUUCGAAUAGAGUGUGCAAUGCGCUUGCCUUGUUACAAUGUGUGGCUUCAAAUGUGCAAACGAGAAGUUUGUUUUUGAAGGCGAAUUUGCCAUUGUAUUUGUAUCCAUUCUUGUCGACCAAUGCACGUCAACGAUCAUUUGAAUAUUUGAGACUAACAAGUUUGGGAGUUAUUGGGGCUUUAGUCAAGAAUGAUACUCCAGAAGUUAUUAAUUUUCUUUUAACUACAGAGAUUGUGCCAUUGUGUUUGAAUAUAAUGGAGAUAUCUUCUGAAUUGUCCAAGACUGUUGCCAUAUUCAUAUUGCAAAAAAUUUUACUUGAUGACCAAGGGUUAAACUAUGUAUGUACCACAUUUGAAAGGUUCCACACUGUUGCUUCUGUAUUGUCGAAAAUGAUUGAACAAUUGGCGGUAAUAACCACUGCUAAUGCCAAUGGGAAACCAGUUACAGGACAAGGGCAAACAUCAUCAUCAUCAUCAUCAUCAUCAAAUAGCUCAGGAAGAUUAUUAAAGCAUGUGGUGAGGUGUUAUAUGCGACUUUCGGAUAAUGUUGAAGCCAGAAAGGCAUUGGCUAAUAUCUUACCUGAACCAUUGCGUGAUGGGACAUUCACAACGAUAUUGCAAGAUGAUGUAGCAACAAAGAGAUGUUUGGCUCAAUUGUUGGCGAACAUCAAUGAACAAUAA